ACAUUUAAAUAUAUGAGUAACAUUAAAAAUAUAUAAUAAUUAUGUAAAACAAAUAUCUAUAUAUAUAAAUGUGAAAAUAUAUACCCGCACGGUUGUGCGGGUGAAAAUCUAGUUUAAAGUUAAAAUUAAAUGAACACAUGUGAACAACCUAGCUCGCUCCCUACAAACCCCUGAAAAACUAUUAUAAAUACACGCCUCUUGGACUAUCUCCUUUUAACUCUAAGCUUUCAUUUCUUCCUUCUAUAUUCACAAACUUCAAGAGAACUCGAUCCUUAAGCUGUAACGAUUCGACUUAAUUACUUUGUUAACUAAGACCGGCGUGACCGUGAUAAAAGUAGAGAUGGGCGGUCCUGGAUCAUCACCAUGUGCUUCGUGUAAGCUUCUUCGACGACGCUGUGCAAAAGAUUGCAUAUUUGCACCUUAUUUCCCUCCUGACGAUCCUCACAAAUUUGCCAUUGUUCAUAAGGUCUUCGGCGCAAGCAACGUCAGCAAAAUGUUGCAGGAGCUACCGGUUCAUCAAAGAGCUGACGCGGUGAAUAGUCUGGUUUUCGAAGCAAACGCACGAGUUAGAGAUCCAGUAUAUGGCUGCGUAGGAGCAAUCUCCUACUUGCAAAAUCAAGUCUCACAGCUUCAAAUGCAACUAGCAGUAGCUCAGGCCGAGAUUCUCUGCAUCCAGAUGCAACAGGAGCCAAAUUUACAGUCUCAUCAUCAAAUACUUGAACUAGACCAAGACGAUAAAAUUCUCUUGCUACACAACAACAUCGAUAACUGCAACAACAACAGUAAUAACAACUUGGGUUAUGCUAUGUCUUCCGGGCAGUUCAACUCUAACUUUGCUUCUCCAAGCAGUAUAAUGCAAAUGCAGAUGCAAAUGCAAGACCCUCUGAAGCAAGAAUCUCUUUGGACUUGACUUAAGCUAUUAUUGUAAUAUAAUCUUGUUGUUUGGAUAACUCAUAAGUGAAGUCUCGACAAGUUUGCUUCUUUGCUAUGUUGAAAAAGAGAAGAUGGGAACAAGUUUCGUGUAAGGAAAGAAAUAGUACAAGUCAAAAACUUAAAUGCAUGCAUGUGAUGGUGAUAAGAUGUAGUUAGAAUAGAAGCUUUGGAAUUAGAGAUCUGUUUUUAUUUUUCCCUCUUAAUUUAGUUCACCAUUUCUAUUUUUCAUCCUCACAUCGUUUGAACAGUGAAAAUUAGAUCUAUUCCCAAACCCAGUCUAAUUUUCUUCACGUCUUCAAGAUUUUUUAUGAUUUGUCAUUUUAAGUCUUCAAUAAACCAACUACACUACUUUCCCCCCAAAAAUGACUCAAAACGUUAUAGCGUUCAAAUUACGAAAAUUUAUAUGAUUUAAUAGAGAAGGAUAUAUUUGAUGUUUAUUUAAUAAAAUUAUUGUGUUAAAAAAAAAAUUAAUAAAAUUAUCCUAAAAUACAAGCAAAUAACUUUUUACUAUAUAUAUAGAUACUAAAUGUAGAUUUUCUUUCUACUUGCGACAAAGUGAAGUUGAAAUUGAAAUCAACAUUUUAUUCAAAAUCAAAUCUACAUGAUUCAACCUUUACAAUUUGUUUUGACUUAUAGAUUUAUUCAUUCGACCGACCGAUUUGAUUAAUCAUAAGCAACACGUCAGAACGUAAAGUCGCCUGUGCUGUUGCUUUUGUACUUAAUCAUUUUUUAAGCAUAUGAAUUAUAAUUCAUAAAUUCGAUUAGAAAAGAGGAGGUGGUGGGUUGAAUUUGAUUAUGUUAUCUCCAUUGCUAGUGUUCAUGUGAUCAGUAGAUGAAGAUUUAUAAUAUUGCCUGUCAACACGAAAAAGAGAAUCUUAUGACUCAAAAAGAUUGAUCAGUUCCUUCAGAAAUUAUUAUUUAUAUAAUUGUUUUUUUUGGUGAAAUAUUUAUAUAAUUGUUCUAAUGCUCUUAACUUGUUUUUUAUGAUACCAAGCCAAAUAACCACAGGGUGGUGUGCUAGUGGUCUUGAGGUAGUUAACACAUCAAUAUGGAUCCGGGUUCGAAUACCCCUGUGACCACGGAAUGCUUUACGCCCUCCCUAAGUUUAAAGUUAUCGCGGCGUUGGUGUCGGGUCCUUGGAUAAUGGGUAUUAGUGCCGGCUGGUUCCGGACCAGGGAGAUUAGAUGGUUGGCAAUCGGAAACAACGUGCAGAUUACGGGCCUUUGGGCAAAACGGAAACCACGUGCGGAUAACGGGUUCACCUUUGAACCUCCUGUAAACAAAAAAAAAAAAAAAAAAAGAAGAUACCAAGCCAGAUAACUUAAAAAGUUUAACAAAAAAAAAAAGCCAGAUAACUUAGAAGUUUUUUUUUUAACGAUGAUUUAUUAUGAUCUUACAAUUAUGAUAUAGGAAAUAUUACAUAGACGAUUCGACAAUCGACAAUACUACCUGCCUUAUGAAGACCUACGCCUAACUGCAUCACCUGAGCCGUCCUAUGAAGAUCCACGCCUGGCCAGAUUUACUUGCACCAUGUUGAAGAUCCAUUGCAAGUCUUUCCUCUAUAGUCUGCAUAAUUGUUUAAUAAACCGCUUUCUCCGGGACUUGAAACCUGGAUUUCCUGUAAUCUGCAAUAAAUUGCAUAGUCUGAGAUUUGAACCCCAGACCUGGAUGUAGAAGCCUUUAAACCUUAACCAAUAGGCUACGGUGCUU